ACAACUGCAGCACCUACUACGACCACUGCAGCGCCUACUACGACAACUGUAGCUCCCACAACAACUACUUCUGCAGUUCCUACGACAACUGCAGCUACUACGACAACUGCAGCACCUACGACAACUGCAGCGCCUACGACAACUGGAGCACCUACUACGACAACUGCAGCACCUACUACGACCACUGCAGCGCCUAGAACGACAACUGUAGCUCCUAAAACAGCUACAACUGCAGCAACUACUACAACUGAAGCUACGACAACAACCACACCUUCCACUACAGCUACAACUGAUGCUCCGACAACAACCACUACAACAACUGCAGCACCUACUACGACCACUGCAGCUCCUACUAUGACAACUGUAGCUCCCACAACAACUACUUCUUCAGUUCCUAUGACAACUGCAGCUACUACGACAACUGGAGCACCUACUACGACAACUGCAGCACCUACUACGACCACUGCAGCGCCUACUUCGACAACUGUAGCUCCCACAACAACUACUUCUGCAGUUCCUACGACAACUGCAGCUACUACGACAACUGCAGCACCUACGACAACUGCAGCACCUACGACAACUGGAGCACCUACUACGACAACUGCAGCACCUACUACGACCACUGCAGCGCCCACAACAACAACUGUAGCUCCCACAACAACUACUCCUUCAGUUCCUACGACAACUGCAGCUACUACGACAACUGCAGCACCUACGACAACUGGAGCACCUACUACGACAACUGCAGCACCUACUACGACAACUUCAGCUACUGCAGUUUCUACGACAACUGGCAGCCCUACUACGACAACUGCAGCACCUACUACGACCACUGCAGCGCCUACUACGACAACUGUAGCUCCCACAACAACUACUCCUGCAGUUCCUACGACAACUGCAGCUACUACGACAACUGAAGCUACUACAACAAUUGCAGCACCUACGACAACUGAAGCACCUACUACGACAACUGCAGCACCUACGACAACUGGAGCACCUACUACAACAACUGCAACACCUACUACGACCACUGCAGCGCCUAGUACGACAAUUGUAGUUCCUAAAACAGCUACAACUGCAGCAACUACUCCAACAACCACACCUACUACGACAGCUACAACUGAAGCUCCUACGACCACUACAACGACAACUGCAGCUUCUGCGACAACUGGAGGACCUACUACGACAACUGCAGCACCUACUACGACCACUGCAGUGCCUACCACGACAACUUACGACAACUCUACAACUGAAGCUCCUACGACCACUACUACGACAACUGCAGCUUCUGCGACAACUGGAGCACCUACUACAACAACUGCAGCACCUACUACGACCACUGCAGCUCCUACUAUGACAACUGUAGCUCCCACAACAACUACUUCUUCAGUUCCUAUGACAACUGCAGCUACUACGACAACUGGAGCACCUACUACGACAACUGCAGCACCUACUACGACCACUGCAGCGCCUACUUCGACAACUGUAGCUCCCACAACAACUACUUCUGCAGUUCCUACGACAACUGCAGCUACUACGACAACUGCAGCACCUACGACAACUGCAGCACCUACGACAACUGGAGCACCUACUACGACAACUGCAGCACCUACUACGACCACUGCAGCGCCUACUACGACAACUGUAGCUCCCACAACAACUACUCCUUCAGUUCCUACGACAACUGCAGCUACUACGACAACUGCAGCACCUACGACAACUGGAGCACCUACUACGACAUCAGUUCCUACGACAACUGCAGCUACUACGACAACUGCAGCACCUACGACAACUGGAGCACCUACUACGACAACUGCAGCACCUACUACGACCACUGCAGCGCCUACUACGACAACUGUAGCUCCCACAACAACUACUCCUGCAGUUCCUACGACAACUGCAGCUACUACGACAACUGCAGCACCUACGACAACUGGAGCACCUACUAGGACAACUGCAGCUACUACGACAACUGCAGCUACUACGACAACUGGAGCACCUACUACGACAACUGCAGCACCUACUACGACCACUGCAGCGCCUACUACGACAUCUGUAGCUCCCACAACAACUACUCCUGCAGUUCCUUCGACAACUGCAGCUACUACGACAACUGCAGCACCUACUACGACCACUGCAGCGCCUACUACGACAACUGUAGCUCCCACAACAUCUACUCCUGCAGUUCCUACGACAACUGCAGCUACUACGACAACGGGAGCACCUACUACGACAACUGCAGCUUCUACUACGACCACUGCAGCGCCUACUACGACAUCUGUAGCUCCCACAACAACUACUUCUGCAGUUCCUACGACAACUGCAGCUACUACGACAACUGGAGCACCUACUACGACAACUGCAGCACCUACUACGACCACUGCAGCGCCUACUACGGCAUCUGUAGCUCCCACAACAACUACUUCUGCAGUUCCUAUGACAACUGCAGCUACUACAACAACUGCAGCACCUACGACAACUGCAGCACCUACGACAACUGGAGCACCUACUACGACAACUGCAGCACCUACUACAACCACUGCAGCGCCUACUACGACAACUGUAGCUCCCACAACAACUACUCCUGCAGUUCCUACGACAACUGCAGCUACUACAUCUGUAGCUCCCACAACAACUACUUCUGCAGUUCCUAUGACAACUGCAGCUACUACGACAACUGCAGCACCUACGACAACUGCAGCACCUACGACAACUGGAGCACCUACUACGACAACUGCAGCACCUACUAAAACCACUGCAGCGCCUACUACGACAACUGUAGCUCCCACAACAACUACUCCUGCAGUUCCUACGACAACUGCAGCUACUACGACAACUGCAGCACCUACGACAACUGGAGCACCUACUACGACAACUGCAGCACCUACUACGACAACUGCAGCUUCUACGACAACUGGAGCACCUACUACGACAACUGCAGCACCUACUACGACCACUGCAGCGCCUACUACGACAUCUGUAGCUCCCACAACAACUACUUCUGCAGUUCCUAUGACAACUGCAGCUACUACGACAACUGCAGCACCUACGACAACUGCAGCACCUACGACAACUGGAGCACCUACUACGACAACUGCAGCACCUACUAAAACCACUGCAGCGCCUACUACGACAACUGUAGCUCCCACAACAACUACUCCUGCAGUUCCUACGACAACUGCAGCUACUACGACAACUGCAGCACCUACGACAACUGGAGCACCUACUACAACUGCAGCACCUACUACGACAACUGCAGCUACUACGACAACUGGAGCACCUACUACGACAACUGCAGCACCUACUACGACCACUGCAGCGCCUACUACGACAUCUGUAGCUCCCACAACAACUACUCCUGCAGUUCCUUUGACAACUGCAGCUACUACGACAACUGCAGCACCUACGACAACUGGAGCACCUACUACGACAACUGCAGCACCUACUACA